GCCCAUGGGCCAUUCACAGGAAUUCCCUCCGCCACUCAAAAUUUCCAGUCUCCCAAUCUCUCUCUCUCUUACCGGUUAUCUGGACAGUACUUUCCGCCUGACAAUGGCGGGUGGUCGCGGCGGCGGGGUUCCACAGCCACUGCGCGUGUUAGCUUCAGCUGCUGCUGUACUUAUCGGUGGAUUUUUUACUCUCUCUCUAGCCUCCACCGCCACAAUCGGAGCCAUACAGGCUGUCACCGAGGCCAGACGGAGGAAAUUCGCUUUGCCUUGUGGGGUUUGCAAUGGAAUAGGGUUUUACAUUUGCAAAUUGUGCAAAGGGAAUUCAACAAUAGAGUGGUCGCCUACUUAUGACCCUCAAGUUAUAAAUCCAUGUCUUUGCCCUACUUGUGAUGGAGUCAGGUCUGUCACUUGUGGGUUAUAUCAUUAUUGUCUUCAAAAUUGUUUCCUAACAAUGUUGUUUCGGUUGUGUAGAUUUACAUUUGAUUGAGUUUUCUGAUUUCUGUUAUAGGGCGCAACGCUGUCUCAACUGUCUGGGAAAAGGUUACUAUUACUAACAAGUAAGAAUGACGAAUUGUUCAUGUUGAAUGUAAAUUGCUUUUGUUAUGCAAGUGUCCAAAUCUAGUGCCUGGUACUUGGGGAAUUUUCAAAAAGUUAGAAUAUCUUGUGGACGAGCAGUGGUAUCUCGGGGUACAUAUUUGCAGCAGAAGAUGUUUGUUCAUUGGAAUAUUCAAGAUAGUAUUGUAAGUUGUUGUGCAAUGUGAAGGUCCAUUUCUUAGAAAUA